AUGUCUUUGUUUCUCAACUUCUAUCAUACCAUGUCUUUGUUUCUCAACUUCUAUCAUACCAUGUCUUUGUUUCUCAUGCCAUGUCUUUGUUUCUCAACUUCUAUCAUGCCAUGUCUUUGUUUCUCAACUUCUAUCAUGCCAUGUCUUUGUUUCUCAACUUCUAUCAUGCCAUGUCUUUGUUUCUCAACUUCUAUCAUGCCAUGUCUUUGUUUCUCAACUUCUAUCAUGCCAUGUCUUUGUUUCUCAACUUCUAUCAUGCCAUGUCUUUGUUUCUCAACUUCUAUCAUGCCAUGUCUUUGUUUCUCAACUUCUAUCAUGCCAUGUCUUUGUUUCUCAACUUCUAUCAUGCCACUUUGUAUCUCAACUUCUAUCAUACCAUGUCUUUGUUUCUCAACUUUCUCAACUUUCUAUCAUGCCAUGUCUUUGUUUCUACUUCUAUCGUCCACCAUGUCUUUGUUUCUCAACUUCUCAACUUCUAUCAUGCCAUCUUUGUUUCUCAACUUCUAUCAUACCAUGUCUUUGUUUCUCAACUUCUAUCAUGCCAUGUCUUUGUUUCUCAACUUCUAUCAUACCAUGUCUUUGUUUCUCAACUUCUAUCAUGCCAUGUCUUUGUUUCUCAACUUCUAUCAUGCCAUGUCUUUGUUUCUCAACUUCUAUCAUGCCAUGUCUUUGUUUCUCAACUUCUAUCAUGCCAUGUUUUGUUUCUCAACUUCUAUCAUGCCAUGUCUUUGUUUCUCAACUUCUAUCAUGCCAUGUCUAUUUAUUGCCCCUUAUGCUUCAUGCAUAAUCAACAGCAUGACAAACUAUCUCACUUUAAGUGAAACAUCUAUAAUUGCUUUGCUUCCACCUCUUGCACAGAUUGCCCCUUAUGCUUCAUGCAUAAUCAACAGCAUGACAAACUCUCACUUUAAUGAAACAUGUAUAAUUGCUUUGCUUCCACCUCUUGCACAGAUUGCCCCUUAUGCUUCAUGCAUAGUCAACUGCAUAUACUGGGCUGUGGGAUCACCGAGACUCAUCACGAUUCCCGAGGCCAAAGUUCUCUUGCAGCCUCAUGACUCUCCUUGGCUUCCGUCCUCUCCGGGCUGCCCUAAGCUGCCUCACCGUUUGUUGUCCAUCUGUGACAUCUCAGCUGAUCCAGGGGGGUCGAUUGAGUUCAUGAAGGAGUGCACCAACAUUGACAAGCCCUUUUCACUCUAUGAUGCAGAACAGAAUGUAGAUAAAGAGAGUUUUGCUGGUGACGGAGUACUCAUCUGUUCCAUUGACAACAUGCCUGCCCAGAUUCCAAGGGAAGCCACUGAGUAUUUUGGCAGUUUGUUGUUCCCUUAUAUAGAAGAGAUGCUCAAGUCCAACGCCAAAGUUCCAUUUGAAGAUUAUGAAUGCAGCCCUGUAGUGAAGAAUGCUGUCAUCGCAAGCAAUGGCAAAUUAACACCAAACUUUGAGUACAUACGUGACCUGAGGUUGCGAUCACAGUCUGCCCAGAAAGCCAAGCGCAGGGAGUCUGGUGAGAGAGUGCUCAUCUUGGGGGCUGGCUAUGUUUCAGGUCCGGUGGUGGAGUACCUGGCAAGGGAAAGUAAAACUGGCAUCACAGUGGCCUCACAGUUUCAAGAGGAACUUGACAACACCUGCCGUGUGUCUCCCAGUGUGGACACAGUGCUCAUGGACCUCGGGGCUAACUUUGAUGAGCUGGAGAAUGUCAUCAAGGACUGUGACCUGGUAAUCAGCUUGCUUCCUUACACUUUUCACCCAGAGAUUGCCAGGUUUUGCAUCAAGUACCACAAAAACAUGGUGACCGCCAGCUACAUCAGUCCUGACAUGAGAGAGUUGCAUAAAGCUGCUAAAGAUGCAGGAAUCACCAUCAUGAAUGAGAUUGGAGUUGACCCAGGCAUAGACCACAUGCUAGCCAUGCAGUGUUUCGAUGAAGUGCACCGAGCUGGUGGCAAGGUAACAUCGUAUGUUUGCUACUGUGGAGGAAUACCAGCUCCAGAAAAUUCUGGGACUCCACUUCGCUACAAGUUCAGCUGGUUCCCCAAGGGAGUACUCAUGAAUGUGAUGUCAGCUGCCAGAUACUUGAAGGAUGGAAAGGUUGUUGAGAUCCCUGGGAAAGGUGGUCUCCUGGACGCUGUGGAAGACCUGACUUUCUUGCCAGGACUCAACCUUGAGGGAUUCCCUAACAGAGACUCCACAAUUUAUGGCAAGGAAUAUGGCAUUGAAUCUGCUCGAACCAUUCUCCGAGGAACCAUCAGAUACAAAGGUUUCACUGAGGGAGUGCGGGGCCUCAUUGCUUUGGGCCUGUUUGAGACCGAUCAGCAUUCACAACUGCAUCCAAGUGGACCAGUAAUUACAUGGAAAGAGUUCAUGUGCAGCAAGUUUAAUAGAUCUGGAGACAUUCUAGAAGAUACACUGAAGGAUCUGAUACUAGAGAAGCUUGGUGGCGAUCAGUUCAGGCUAGAAUCUAUUGUUGGGUUGGGACUGAUUAAUAAUGAUCCAAUUGACAAGAGAGGUUCCCCCAUUGACACGCUGUCCAACUAUCUGGCCAAGAGACUGGCUUAUGGAACAAAUGAGCGAGACAUGGUGCUAAUGCGGCAUGACGUUGAGAUUGUCUGGGGAGAUGGCCGCAAGGAACAGAGAAGUAUCGACAUGAUCAACUAUGGAGAUCUUGGAGGUUUCUCUGCCAUGGCCAAAACUGUUGGACUGCCAACAGCAAUUGCUGCUCGCAUGAUUCUUAAUGUGUGUGCACCGCUGGCCAUGGAGACUUACCAGCCAAUUCUUCAAAGACUGAAGAAAGAAGGUAUAUAUGCUACAGAGCUGAAUGAGUUGCCUGUCAGCAUGUUUUCAGCGCUGACCGAAAUUGAUUGCUGUCUGCGUUGCCUGUCAGCUGUUUUCAUAAGUUGA